CUGCGCCAUCAAGAUUGAGAGCAUCAGUUGUCAUAUAAACCAACCUCGAUUUAAGGUGAAUUCCAGUAAAAAAUCAACAGUAAAUUUAUCUCAAUUCAGAAUGAAAUUCAUCUUAUUUACAGUGAUUUUUAUCAUAACAUUCACUUCCGGAUACUCUAUUCGUUGCUAUCAAUGUAUUCAAGGAUUUCCAGCUGUUACCGACGAUUCAACAAUUGAAAAUGUGCCAUUACCAAAAAAUCUAUCAUUGCCAGGAGUUGAACAUUUACCAACUGCUUAUUGUAAAACUCCAUUUGAACUUAAAGGAAAUAUUCUUUGCACAGCAGCUCAUCGAUGUAUGAAAAGUGUCACUUACGAAAAAGAUAACAAAUUUAUAAUUCGCUAUUGCGCGCCAAUGAGAAAUGAAUAUGGUUUUGAAGUACAUCCAUCGCCAAAAAAACCAGUUGACAUAACAAAUGGUUGUCAUAAAUUUCGAGCUUACAUUUGCGAUACCGAUUUAUGUAAUGGAUCAACAAAAAUUAGAUAUUCCAAUUUUUUCUUUUUAUUAUUGCCAUUUUUAUUUUAUUGAAAAAAUUCUAAAAAAAAAAAAAAACAAUUUUUAACUAUUAGUAAAAAUCCCGAUUAUAAUUAUUAAUUAUAUAUAAAUAUAUUGUUAUACAGGGGAGUUAAGUGCCAAUAUUUGUGAAAGCUGCGCGACAAAAAACAGUACAAAAUAGAAACCAGAAAUUUUUCUAUUGUUAUGACAAAUUUUUACAACAAAAAAUAUCGAGAGUAAUUUCUAUUUUUCAUUCUUUUAUUAUUUAGUGAUUCUAUUAAAAGAGAUUUUAUUAUGUGAUAUAUUAAAAACUGAACUGCGAUUUGUUAUUAAAAAAAAAAAAAAAAUGUAUAUAGAUUUUAAAUGAAAAUUCUAAAAAAGCGAAAAAUCAAUAGUAACAUCGAUUAAGUAUUAAUUACACUAAAAGUUUUUAAAAUAUAUUUAAAACAUUGAAAUAUUAUAUAUGUAUACAUGAGUUCGAUAAAUAGCUUAUUUAAAAAAAAAUUGUUUUUCUAUUUUUAUUUCUUUUUUACGUUUUAAUUUUCCAUUCAAAUAAGGAAAAUUAUUAAUAUUAAUUUGUUACCAUUAACGAAUGUUUUAUUAAUUAUUUAUUGCCAUGGGGCUAAAUAAAUUAUUUACUAGAUAAUUAUUUUCAAAACUAUAGUUACUAAAUUAUAAAUAUUAAAUAUAUUCUAU